AUGGAGCAGAUAGACAACCACAACCUAUAUCAGAAAGGCAAGUUAUUUACCAAAAAAGGCCUGGUGGAGAUAAGUAGCCUUGCUUGGUGGUCGGUUUCUUCUUAUAAGCACAACAAUGGCCUGAAGGAAUUAAGAGAAGAUAACCCCGACACAUACUGGCAAUCCGAUGGUAAUUUACCUCAUAGCCUCAAACUUCACUUUUCCAAGAAGGUUUCCGUUGAAAGAAUCAGUCUUUUCACCAAUUAUCAAUUGGACGAAAGCUACUCGCCCCAAGUGAUAUCCGUCUACUCAGGAAAUGGGGAACAUGAUUUGAUCAAGGUGACGACUUGCGAGCUAGUCGAACCAAUUGGGUGGUCUCACAUCAUAUUCAAUGGAGUUAGAGAGGACGGAAUCCUAAACACAUUCUUCAUAAAGCUAUCGUUUGAGUCUAACCACCAGUCGGGAAAAGAUACCCAUAUCAGAAGCUUGAAAGUGUGCAGUCCCAGAAAUAUAGUAAACAAAAGUGACAGCACAGACCUAAUAAACUGUGAAGUCAAGCCAACCAGCAUAAGAUUGAUUUCCGAAAGUGGGAUACGAUAG